AUGGAUCACAGUUUUUUCAAAGUUGAACCAUUUGCUACCGAUUCGUUUAGUUUGCCUGAAUACCCUCCAACUGAAGGAUUGGAUGUAAAAUGGAAGAAUUCUAAGGUGUGUUCAACCAUUUUCGACGAAAUUAACUGGAUGGAUGAGCGACAUGAUUUAACCAAUGAUGCUUUAGGGAUUGCACCCUGGGUAACAAUAGAUGAAAGACGAAGAUACAAAAUGCCCGAAUCUGCAAAUUCCUCUGAAGGAGCAAAUAGAGAUAAGGGCAAGGAGGAUCAGGAACACAACUUCUGGAGUUUUAUAAAGGGAAAGAAGAAGCAAAAUCAUGUUCCGUCAACUGCUGCCUCGAAGAGAGUUAAUGGCCAUGAUAUCAAGGGGAAAAAACAACAAUGUGGUUUAUUGACUACUGCAUCAAAUCAAAAUGAUAGCGAUUUCAAGGGAACGAAGAGUAAUUUUUAUGCUCGGUUACCUGUUGAAUCGAACUCAAUGGAUGUGGAUCGAGUGCUCAGGGAGCAUGAUCGGCAUAUCCAGGAAGUUGUUGAGCGCGCCAAGCUUGAGAAGAAAAUGAGAGCUAAAGUUCAGGUUGAAGGCAGAAAUGGAAGCUUGGUGGACAAAGCAUCCCAUGGCUCAAACUAG